AUGGCCUCCUCGGUCAACGCCAUGGAGCGCACGUUGAUAGUGGUGUUCAGCCUGUUAGUCUUCGCGACCCUCGCUCAAGCUGGGGGUACAAAUGACAAAAGAGUGUGCUUUGCCUUGCCGAUGGAUUUCCUGCAGCUCAAGACGUUUGCUUUCUGCUCGGAAGCAGUCUUGCUAACGUUCAAAGUUGGUGCACAGGGAACAAUAAGCUACCCGACGAGUGUGUUAAAUACGCAGGCAAAAAUACUCAGUUGGCUGCCAACUUUCUGCGACAAGAAAACUACGUACCCAUACCUGGAUCUCUAUCUCGGCGUGUCUGCGUUGGGUACCGAGACGAACACAGCCGCCAUGUUGGCAUCUUCAAGUCUCCAAACAAAGUUUAUACAGGCCCUAGUGUCCGCCGUCAAAAGUUAUCCAAAAUGCGUCGGACUCUACGUUGACUUUGACGGUCUCACUACCUCACAGUCGUCCUAUUAUACGACAUUUAUGACUGCCCUGUACAACGCUGCUACUGCCGCGUCGCUCAAGAUGGCAUCCGCUCUGCCGUGGAAUGCCGAAACGUACGCAGACAUCAUGUACACUUCAACCCUCACGCAGCUUAAUUUUAACGUUCUAAAAACAUAUCAAGAUAUGUAUGUGACAGAAAUAGAAGUUACUCAUCCCACGGCUCCACUCUUCCAAAUGAAUGCCCCGUUUGACAACAACAAGUUUACGAUUUUCUACAAUCUGUUCCGGUGGGUCAUCAAAGGGUUCAAUCCAAACAACAUCAUUCUUGGAAUUCCAAUGUACGCUCGCACAUUUUCGGUCACUGAUGUUACCGAUUUUGGUGCAGCAGGUUCUGCAACAUCAGCGGACGUGGCUUAUUGCAAUGCACUGAUUGUAGCUUCCGACAAUCCAGUAACUAACUUAAACUCCGCAUCUAGUUUCACAUUUACUUCUUCGUUAUUUGUCGUUUUUGACUCGUACGCCAGCGUGGAACUCAAAGUGAAUUUUAUGAAAUCGAAUAAUUUAGGUGGAGUUGGAGUGUAUUCUCUCAAUACUGGAGGCAGCAAUGCUGAAUUACUUCGAAAAAUUACGAGCUUGAUAGCUCCUACUCCACCAGCAGGAUAUACUUAUCCUGUAGCAACAACUCCUGCGUGUAGGACCAAUAUAGAAUUUCCUACAUUUGUGAUGUCACCCCAUUUAACAACAACUACCGUGGCUACGACCGUUACCACCGCUCCAACUACGGCUGCUGGUGGAGUAACGACCGCUGCUGGUGGAGCCACUACCGCUGCCGGAGGAGCCACUACUGCCGCCGGAGGAGCAACAACUGCUGCCGGAGGAGCAACAACUGCUGCUGGAGGAGCCACUACCGCUGCAGGAGGAGCAACGACAGCCGCUGGAGGAGCCACUACCGCUGCAGGAGGAGCCACUACCGCUGCCGGAGGAGCAACGACCGCUGCUGGAGGAGCCACUACUGCUGCAGGAGGAGCCACUACCGCUGCAGGAGGAGCAACGACCGCUGCUGGAGGAGCCACUACUGCUGCAGGAGGAGCCACAACCGCUGCAGGAGGAGCCACAACCGCUGCAGGAGGAGCCACUACCGCUGCCGGAGGAGCCACUACCGCUGCUGGAGGAGCCACUACCGCUGCUGGAGGAGCCACAACCGCUGCAGGAGGAGCAACAACUGCCGCUGGUGGUGCAACGACUGCUGCAGGAGGAGCCACUACCGCUGCUGGAGGAGCCACUACCGCUGCUGGAGGAGCCACUACCGCUGCAGGAGGAGCCACUACCGCUGCUGGAGGAGCCACAACUGCUGCUGGAGGAGCAACAACUGCUGCAGGAGGAGCCACUACCGCUGCUGGAGGAGCCACAACUGCUGCCGGAGGAGCAACAACUGCUGCCGGAGGAGCCACAACCGCUGCAGGAGGAGCAACAACUGCCGCUGGUGGUGCAACGACUGCUGCUGGUGGUGCAACGACUGCUGCUGGAGGAGCCACUACCGCUGCAGGAGGAGCAACAACUGCCGCUGGUGGUGCAACGACCGCUGCAGGAGGAGCCACAACUGCUGCAGGAGGAGCAACGACCGCUGCCGGAGGAGCCACAACUGCUGCAGGAGGAGCAACAACUGCUGCUGGAGGAGCCACUACCGCUGCUGGUGGUGCAACGACUGCUGCUGGAGGAGCAACAACUGCCGCCGGAGGUGCAACGACUGCUGCUGGAGGAGCCACUACCGCUGCAGGAGGAGCCACUACCGCUGCUGGAGGAGCCACAACCGCUGCUGGAGGAGCCACUACCGCUGCAGGAGGAGCAACAACUCCCGCUGGUGGUGCAACGACUGCUGCUGGAGGAGCAACAACUGCCGCCGGAGGUGCAACGACUGCUGCUGGAGGAGCCACAACCGCUGCAGGAGGAGCCACUACCGCUGCUGGUGGUGCAACGACGGCUGCUGGAGGAGCCACUACCGCUGCAGGAGGAGCCACUACCGCUGCAGGAGGAGCCACUACCGCUGCAGGAGGAGCCACUACCGCUGCUGGAGGAGCCACUACCGCUGCAGGAGGAGCAACAACUGCCGCUGGUGGUGCAACGACUGCUGCUGGAGGAGCCACUACCGCUGCAGGAGGAGCCACUACCGCUGCUGGAGGAGCCACUACCGCUGCAGGAGGAGCCACUACCGCUGCAGGAGGAGCAACAACUGCCGCUGGUGGUGCAACGACUGCUGCCGGAGGAGCAACAACUGCCGCCGGAGGUGCAACAACUGCUGCUGGAGGAGCAACAACUGCUGCUGGAGGUGCAACGACCGCUGCUGGAGGAGCCACUACCGCUGCAGGAGGAGCCACAACUGCUGCAGGAGGAGCCACAACCGCUGCAGGAGGAGCCACAACUGCCGCUGGUGGUGCAACGACUGCUGCUGGAGGAGCCACUACCGCUGCAGGAGGAGCCACUACCGCUGCUGGAGGAGCCACUACCGCUGCUGGAGGAGCCACUACCGCUGCAGGAGGAGCAACAACUGCCGCUGGUGGUGCAACGACUGCUGCUGGAGGAGCAACAACUGCCGCCGGAGGUGCAACGACUGCUGCUGGAGGAGCCACUACCGCUGCAGGAGGAGCAACGACAGCAGCUGGAGGAGCCACUACCGCUGCAGGAGGAGCCACUACCGCUGCAGGAGGAGCCACAACUGCUGCUGGAGGAGCCACUACCGCUGCCGGAGGAGCCACAACUGCUGCAGGAGGAGCCACAACUGCUGCAGGAGGAGCCACAACCGCUGCAGGAGGAGCCACAACUGCCGCUGGUGGUGCAACGACUGCUGCUGGAGGAGCCACUACCGCUGCUGGAGGAGCCACUACCGCUGCAGGAGGAGCCACUACCGCUGCAGGAGGAGCCACAACUGCUGCUGGAGGAGCCACUACCGCUGCCGGAGGAGCCACAACUGCUGCAGGAGGAGCAACAACUGCUGCUGGAGGAGCCACUACCGCCGCCGGAGGAGCAACAACUGCUGCAGGAGGAGCAACAACUGCUGCCGGAGGAGCCACAACCGCUGCCGGAGGAGCCACAACUGCUGCUGGUGGUGCAACGACUGCUGCAGGAGGAGCCACUACCGCUGCAGGAGGAGCCACAACUGCCGCUGGUGGUGCAACGACUGCUGCUGGAGGAGCAACAACUGCCGCCGGUGGUGCAACGACUGCUGCUGGAGGAGCCACUACCGCUGCAGGAGGAGCAACGACAGCAGCUGGAGGAGCCACUACCGCUGCAGGAGGAGCCACUACCGCUGCAGGAGGAGCCACAACUGCUGCUGGAGGAGCUACUACCGCUGCAGGAGGAGCAACGACAGCAGCUGGCGGAGCCACUACCGCUGCAGGAGGAGCCACUACCGCUGCAGGAGGAGCCACAACUGCCGCUGGAGGAGCCACUACCGCUGCCGGAGGAGCAACAACUGCUGCAGGAGGAGCCACAACUGCUGCUGGAGGAGCCACUACCGCCGCCGGAGGAGCAACAACUGCUGCAGGAGGAGCAACAACUGCUGCCGGAGGAGCCACUACCGCUGCCGGUGGUGCAACGACUGCUGCUGGAGGAGCCACUACCGCUGCAGGAGGAGCAACGACAGCAGCUGGAGGAGCCACUACCGCUGCAGGAGGAGCCACUACCGCUGCAGGAGGAGCCACAACUGCUGCUGGAGGAGCUACUACCGCUGCAGGAGGAGCAACGACAGCAGCUGGAGGAGCCACUACCGCUGCAGGAGGAGCCACUACCGCUGCAGGAGGAGCCACAACUGCCGCUGGAGGAGCCACUACCGCCGCCGGAGGAGCAACAACUGCUGCAGGAGGAGCCACAACUGCUGCUGGAGGAGCCACUACCGCCGCCGGAGGAGCAACAACUGCUGCAGGAGGAGCAACAACUGCUGCCGGAGGAGCCACAACCGCUGCCGGAGGAGCCACAACUGCUGCUGGAGGAGCCACUACCGCUGCAGGAGGAGCAACAACUGCUGCUGGAGGUGCAACGACUGCUGCUGGAGGAGCCACUACCGCUGCAGGAGGAGCCACAACUGCUGCUGGAGGAGCCACUACCGCUGCAGGAGGAGCCACUACUGCUGCUGGAGGAGCAACAACAGCUGCUGGAGGAGCAACAACUGCUGCUGGAGGUGCAACGACUGCUGCUGGAGGUGCAACGACUGCUGCUGGAGGAGCCACUACCGCUGCAGCAGGAGCCACAACUGCUGCUGGAGGUGCCACUACCGCUGCUGGAGGAGCCACUACCGCUGCAGGAGGAGCAACUACCGCUGCUGGAGGAGCAACAACUGCUGCUGGAGGUGCAACGACUGCUGCAGGAGGAGCCACUACCGCUGCAGGAGGAGCCACAACUGCUGCUGGAGGAGCCACUACCGCUGCUGGAGGAGCCACUACCGCUGCUGGAGGAGCCACAACCGCUGCAGGAGGAGCAACAACAGCUGCCGGAGGAGCAACAACUGCUGCUGGAGGUGCAACGACUGCUGCAGGAGGAGCCACUACCGCUGCAGGAGCAGCAACAACUGCGGCACCCACCGUUGUAUGUGGGGUUUCAGUGAAGGGACAAUACGGAACGCUUCUCAAUGGUUUUUGCGGUUCGCUUGCUGAGAUAGACGUUUAUAUUUCUACAGGCCUUGUUUGUGGAGUGAUAAACUAA